AUGAGUGACGACAGCAGCCUUGGUGAGGAUUCAGCAAUAAAACUUUGUAAUAACAAAUGAGCUCCGAGCGACUACGCAUUCAUCCGGGUGAUCAACUUACCCUGCCUCCGUACAGAAUUGAAGGUGCUUGUAGGACUCGGCCGUUUACUUCUGUCAUCUCGUCCCUCACCAUCACUCCAAACUCACGGACAUAUGGGUCGGUGUUGAAGUUGGCACUCCUCAUCUGAAGGAUGAACAAAGCAAAGAUGUCAUUGGGGAUUUUAGAGUUCUUCUCCAAAUGUAGUGUUAAAGAAAAAUGCAGCGGCUCUAUAAUUUUGGACAAAAUGAUCAGUUUUCUUCUUAACUUAUCAUUGAUUUCAACCGAAAAGAGAAGUAUGCACCCAUGGGCCUGUGUUGGGUGUCACACUGAAGACUUGGCAGCAUGGGAGGAAACUUUCUUAUCACACCAGAGCAGUCUGACCAAAGCUUCGUUUUCAGAACUUGUUAAGAAACUGGGAGUUCAGCCACUCAGUGUUGCUAUAUUUUCGAACAACAUAGUUUCCUCUUGAAGUUUCUUUGCUUUGGCUGCUGCUGAUUUCCAUAUUCUUAACGGUUCUUACCAAUAACUAAACUUUUGUGUGAGUUAACGUGACUCAAUUGUUAAAAGGAAUAUUUGUUACAGACUGGCAUGUUUUUAAGAGCGCUGUUAUUGUGAGCCGUGUGUCAUGAGAUAAGAUGAAAUCAUAAAUGUUGGUUUUGCUUCUAAUUCCAGCAUCGCCUUGAUGGAGCGAUGAGUUUUUUGGGUCACAAUCUUGAUGUGACCAUUGAACACGCUUUUCUGAUAAAUCCGUGUUUGUCCUGAAAUAGUUUCAAACUUGAGGCAACUCUUCGAUAUUCAUGGUUGACGUUUCAAGACUUACCAGCUUACUGAUCUCAUCCUGGCGGUCUGGUGCCGAUCGAGCUGUGGCACGGAUCAUGGUGGAGGUCUGAUUGUCUGUCAGCUUUUUGAUGCAGCGCUGUCCUGCCACUAUGUUACACACCUGGAGUGGACACGCAGAAGCAUUAAUCCUGAAUCUAGUGAUCGAUCAGAAAAGAAAAGAGGUAAAGGAGGAUUGACGUGCUCACCUCCAGAGGUAGGUAGGUGUGCUUCUGCUCCUGACCCACUUGUAGACAUGGGAGGUGGGGGUAUCUCAGGAUGAGCUUGUAUUUGUCUUUGAAGUAUUGUGCUACUGUGCAUUCAAUGGUUUGGCCAUUUUCCUGCUGCAGGGGGAACCUGAAGGUUGAGGCACACCAACAACGUCAAAAGGAGAAAAAAAGUACAGACAUCUCCAUGUAGUGUUUGUUUUCAUCCUAACAAUCUGAUGAGACUCACAGACGACAACAGUGCAAACUGAUUUCAACCUCAUCUAGUUUACAUAUCACAUUCAUAGAGCUUGAAUUAAGUUCUGGUUUUAGAGCGUUUCCUGCAUUAUGCUUUUACUGCACUUCAUGUACCUCUACAUGAUAUAAGCAGAGGAUUGCCAAAAGGUGUGCAAUGAUCUCCCAGCUCCACUAGUCUAUCAGAAAAACAGGGCUUGACACCAACUUUUUUCACAAGCAGCGCAUGUGCUUCUAAGUUGAAAAAGUAAGCACACAAAGAGCUUUAGGGGCACAAUGAAAAUUGAUCAGAUAAUGUGUGUCUUAUUGGUCGACGUAAGUACUAUAAUUUGAAAUCAGUUUCAGGUCUUUUGCUCACAUGACAUGGAAGCUAUUGAAGAAAAUGUUCAGAAUUUGCCUUUAAAUUUAACACAAACAUUUUUAGAGGACAAAUUAGGGAACUAAAGAAGUGUGUCUUAUUGUCCAACCUUAGUACUAUUAUUUGAAAUCAAUUUUAGGUCAAUUGGUCACAUGGCAUGAAAGCUAUUGAAGGAAAACAGCCUUUUUUGAGAACGUCAACCAGUAAUUUAUUGAUGGUCCCUAAUUUAACACCCGAUGUUGCAGAGUAGAUUAAACCGCACUGCUGUUGCUAUUCCCGGUUAUGGAGAGUUAAAAGACACCGGUAGCUCUGCAGUGAAUGUCCGUCGAAUAUCCAACCUAAAACUAACUUCACUGGGGUGUUUUCAUGAAAAAACAUUUUUUGCCUCAGCUGAUUUUUGUUAUGCGCACAUGUGUCCCUGAAUACAUUUUACAAUUCGCACACAUCUAUUUUUAGUGGCAAAUGCGAGUGAAACAGUCGCACUGUCGAGCCCUGAAAUAUGAGAGCUGCAGCCAGAUCUGUAUCAUCAGAAAAGGUAGGGAACCUGAGUUGGCAGGAAAUUAAGUACACACUGUAUAAAGAGAUAAACAAGCGGCACAAAAACAACAACAACACAGUGAGUCUCAGUUUAAGUAUAAUCAAGCAAAGUGAAGGAACUACAGAGUGAGUUUGGGAAGAAUAAAAGAGCCUGUAAAUAUGGGAUGGAAAUUUUUUAAGAUACGCUAAUCGCUGCGAUGACAAAAUAACUCGGAUUAGCUCCAGGAGGAUUCUUACGUUUGGUGACUGGCUGGUCUUCGUGUCACGUUGCAAACUCUGUACUUCCUUUUCAUCUGCCCACAGUGCGUGAUCUCCACCUUCAGGCCUUUGUGCAGGAAUCAUGUGAAAGAUUAGGAGAGAGGACUACAGUCAUUAAACAAAUAACAUGAAAUAAGAUAGUGUGUCAAACUUCCGCAAUUUCAGGACAGAACAUUUGUAUCCUCUAUUAGCUGGGCAAUAAACCGACUGCAAAAUGAUCCGAUUAAUUGUUUUACGUAUCCCAGGGGUUCACCAACCUUUGAUUUCUUUUGUAAAUUUUACUCUUUGAGAGUCCGUUAAGGGCUUCUGUUGUUCUUCAAUGCUUUUAAAAUCCAAGACCUCACACAUGAACUCGAUUACAGGCUGGGCUUUGUAGAACGCAGUGGCCGAAACUGCAAACAGAAGCAGAGCGUGAUAAUGAGAUUCAGAAAAUCAAAUGUUUAACCGGAAGACUCGAGCAAAAUCAAAAUGAAAGUUACCGUCAAUGUUGAGCAUCAUUUUCCAAAGGGAAGGCCUGACAGAUUGGUGGAAGCCAAACCACACCUCUCUACCGCCACCGAGGGGGUUCGAACAUCCCUCUGAGGGGGUAAAGAAAGAGCGGCCCACUGGGGUGUACCUGAAACAGACGGAAACGUGUUUUUACAAAGAUAUGAUUUUCACAAAUGAAGGACAGAUAAUGAAAACACAAAAAGAGAUCUGUGACAGGUUUACCCCGGACUCUGACAAGAGUAUGCACAAGAACCAAAUAAAAGAGCGACUCAGGGUUCAAUAACUUCAAUCUCACCUCAUAGAGGGCAGGUGUCUCAUGACCACAUCCAAGGCUUGGACCGUCUCAAAGGGGACGCUGGGUAGCCGUCCUGACAGAGCCUCGUGCAGAGCCUGCAGGCUGACGCAGGACACCCACUUGAUGGAGACUUUGAAGCUGCGGUCUUUGCCUUCGCCAGGAAUGGUUACCUCGAGCUCCACCUGAUGGGUGAUGAUGGAGGAUGGGAAAAGUCAGAGGUCGUUACUCUUCAGUCGUCUAUCGUUAUGUAAUUUCUGAAAAGGUGGAGGUUUUGGAUGUUGCAGACAAGUCUCUAAAUCACAUACUUUGUCUCGGCCUAUGGGUAAAGGCAUGGCAGUGUAGAGAUUCUUCCUCCCAUCAUACACCGGUUUUCGAUCACCAAAGAUUUGUGUUUUAAAGUGCUGGACCAUGUGCUCCACGAUUUCACUGAGAGCAGAUUGGGAAAUGAAAAUCAGUACAUUGAAAGGGGACACACAAAUGUGCACGAGAGACAGCUGGAUACCAGGAAAAUAAUAAACAAGCACACACCGGUUGACCCUCCUGGGGCAUUUCUCCGGCUUGAUGUCGAUGUCAUAAUGGUAGACCUCCAGUUUGGGGAUUUCCAUCUCAAAGAAGUUGGCUUGGAGCUUGAUUGUCCUGCCCAUGGUGCCAAAGUCUGGCCGCGAUGGAGGCUUGAACACAUACUCUGGCACUGGGGAAGAUGGGGGAUCUAAAUCAUGAGGGUGAGAGGAAGAAACAAGCCAAAGUGAACCAUUAGGAUUCAAUUACAGACCCUCACUAUUUCCCAGGGUCUUAAGGACCUAAUUACUAUCUUCCUCCCAUAUGAUUGGCAUUUUCAUGAUUAUAUGGACAAUGUCAAUUCAAAAAAGUUUAUAUGUUUCUGAAAUAAUUAUUUAGACUUUGUAUCCAACCAAAAACAUGUUUAAAGUCAUCUUUUUAAUCGUUACACUAAGCUAAAAUGAGAGUAUGACUGGUAUGAUUCCUCUUGACUGCCUCUGCCUGAUGUGCAGAUUCAUAAGGAGCCACACUGAUGCUAAUGCCCUCUCUAUAACAACAUAUUUUAGGAUAACAUAGUCUGUAAGUUUCUUUUGUUUGUACAUUUUAUUCUAUUUCCAUUUCAGAUGUUGUUGGCAGAAAUCGUAAAUUUCAAAAAGUGUGUCUCUGAAAGAUAAAUGACUCAGCAGUUGGGGUUGCUCCUCAACUCUCAAGUCCUUAAAAUGAACUCCUCUUCAUCUGGUUGGACAAACAUGACACCAUCAGACAAUUAUUGCUCCUACUUUUCCAAAUCUUUCGGUGCUGUUUUUCAAAGUGGUUCUUGAAAUGCACUGUUAAAUGAUCAGACUUCAGAGGGCGUAGUUCUUAUCAUUGCAAACCUGUAUUUUCUGUCUGUUUAUGACACUUUAAAACACUGCAGCACUGAAAAUAUGUCAAAGCUUGUUGUUGGUCCAUGUGAGCACCAGCUACCACCAUCAGGCACCAAGCUUUGAUGAUUUAUACACACUGAUGCUCAAUAUUAGCUACUAGAGCAAACUCAGCGUUCCCAUCAGAGCCUUAUCUUUAUGCUGCAGCUCCAGAUCUGUUUAUUCAAACAGAAAAACACCCAUAAACCCAGGCAAUGCCUAUAUUUAAUGGCCUUUUAUGUGCACAAAGGCAGAGUCAUUAAGAGCACUAAAUGAGGUGCAUCUAAGGGGAAAGUGACGAUAAAGACUGACACCGUCUUCUUUAGUGUCUCUCUUAUACAGCUCCAUCUGCAUACUGUAAUGGCUGAGGAUGUAAAAGAAAGUCGAGUGUUGCCAUUUACACUGGAACCUCUGCGGGAGCCAGUUUUAGGCUUUCAGAGCCCAAAUAUGGACUCAAGACUCACCAGAGCUUGCUGACCCAGAGGAACGGGGUCCCUCGAGCAUCUCAGAGGCUACAGGGGGACAAAUAUGACAAGUUAGCGACCGGAACUCACACGAAGAAAGUUUUUUCCUAGAAAUGAAAAGUCCACUUUUACUGCUCAUCACAGCAGCCUAUAACGAUCAUAAACAGAUGUGUGAAGAACUGAAUGUUGCAAAUGUUUAAUAGUACAUCUCUAAUGCUUAUGUCUCACUUGCUUAUCACCUCCAUGGCACCUUGGUCUACAAUCAAGGCCACCUUUUUCAAAACCCUUAUCAGCUUGGGCGCAGUAGGAGUCCAGCAAGCUGACAAUCUAAACCCUGCUGAAGCCACCCAUUCACCCCGAAAAGCAACAGGGCAAGACUAAUAGUAGAGUCGUUCAAGAGAAGAGAUGUCUCCCAUGACAGAGACAUUCAUCCAUAACAUUUUCAGUCGUCAUUUUUCCUGCGGUAAAGAGCUUUUUUUUAGAAAUUUACUCAACUAAACAAUACAAAAGCAUGAUCUUGCAAUCAGCUGGACACAACUCAUGUAUGAGGUUGAUGUAAAUAUGGCCUGAAAACUCUCUGAUCACAGUGACAAAAAGCCCAGAUCUUGCGUUGAAAUAAAGUUACUAUCACAGCCAUAUGGGGAAAAAAACUAAGUAUAUAGAUUCAGCCAUUUUCUACACGUAUUCAGCACUGUACCAGAUUAGAAGAGCAGUAGAUUUACUUCUAUCUAAGCAAAGUAUCCUUGAGAAACUGUAGCUUUACUUGGAUAGAAAACGUUCAGGUUCAAGGCAGUUGCAUUUGUACUUGAAGUUAGAGAUUGAGUUUGCCUCCUUUUACAAACAAACAACACAGAGGAAGUCAUCAGAAACAAACAUCUGGCAGACUAAAAGGAAUGACCCUCAGUGAAAACAAAGUAAGCCACAGGAAAUACAAACGAGAUAGAAACAAGCUGAAGCAAUUCAUCAAAAUUUAGUAAAUAAAAAUUGAAGAUGCAACGACAGAAAAGGUCCAAAAAACAGCAAAUCAAUAAUGCACAAGUUGGAUCUUUAAUAUCAGUGCUGUAUCACAGUGGUUUGUUGAUCUUACCCAUGGCUGCUGAUGCAUAGCUGUUUUUAUAUCACCUGCUUGAUCAGGCUGAUACUUCAUACCUACAUCCAUAAGCAAGAAACUGCAAUUUACUAUGUAAGGGAAUCAUUAGCCUUAUACUGUACAUGGCUGCCUUUUAAUACCUGCUCCACUCCUGGAAAGUAGUUACAAUUGGUGAUAAUAAUGAAAAUCGACAAUAUGAAGCAUUAAUAAACCAGUCUAAUGAUGAUUUUAGAUACUUUACCAAGUUUCUGCAAAACUUCUUGCACAUGUCUCCGGGUCAUCUUCAAGUGUCCAACAUCACUAAGCCAAUCUUGCCAAUGUCAAAUAGACUUAAUGGUGCAGAAAUGCACAUAUUUGCCGAAAGGUAUUCUACAUAACUUUAUAUAUUCAACCUUAACUAGUAUUUGGCAGCAGACUGUACGUGAUCAGAUUAGAUAGCAUGGUCGGCCGCUAUAACUCUGGACUUCGUGUUCAACGGUGAGGCACUCAAAGACAUUAGGUUUUAUUUGUAAUAGAAACUACUUCCUCAAAACCACCAAGAGCAUAAUCUAGUCCCUCGUAUUUACAUCUAGUAGCUCAGUAUAGCAAGUUAAAGCAGGAGUCCUCCUUGAAGCUAACUCGGCUAGCCGCUUGUUGUUGCACGCUAGCUAAGCUUGCCUCCACACAGACUGGGACGAAAUGUUCUCAACCUUAGGCUUUUACCUUUCUCUACGAACUAGAUAAGUCAAACAAAAACUGAGUGAAUGUUUCAAUAAUAUCCCACGGCAACGAAACACCAAAAAUGAAGAAUUGUAGUGUUAAUUUUGCAUCAUUUAGCCGUUGCUAAUGUUAGCUGCAGCACUUACCUCCAGCAGAGGAAUACAUUUUGUCGACUUUUCAAGCGUGUGUAUACUCCACUUUAAUACGGCCAAAUUCCACCGAAACUCAUACGUGGUUGAAGAGUAUACCUAUGAACUUGAGCAAUGGAGGAGGCCCAGUUCAGAAAUAAAGGUUUUAAGUAAGCCAAGUGGUAAAUAUUUGGAGUGUCUCAUCCUCGGCACGGCCCCAUCCCCCCAGCACACAAAACGGUAGCCGAGAGGAAAGAUAACACCCAUGCAGCACAAGAGGACUCACCGGAGUUCACUUCCGUCUUCGGUCGCUUCCCGUGUUUAGCAGUGUCUUGGCUAUUUCAGUUUCCUUAUGGAUAAACGAACUCAGAACAUACAAAAAAAUCUUUAAACUACAUGAAAAACAAAAAUAACCUAAAACGGUUUUCUUUACUGGACUUAUUUAUGAUCCGAAUAUAAGACCCUGAAAUUCUUUAUUCAUGGUCUUUUCAAAAGCUGGUUCAACACUUUAUAAGUAUCACCAAUAUGCCUUUAUAUUUGUAUUUUGACGAAUAAUAAAACGUUAAAAAAAGAGUUUCCUUGGUCACUCGACUCGACUCUACCAAAACAAGUCAACCCGCUCAACUUUAGCCCAACUUUAUAUUAAGUUGUUAAAAUGUUUGUAAAAUAAAUUGAAUUGUUAUCCCAGACUUUGUAAAGUUUGUAAAAAUCUUGCCUAAUGUGCAACUGUUAUAUUAUUUCACAUCAACCCCACUAUUAGUUGCCAGCCCAGUAUCUUAGGAACUCAAUAAUCUCCCAAGAAGAGGCUGUAAAAAUCCGCCGGAAAGACUAUCAGAUUUUGACGGCGUGCGUCAGCGGUGAACUCUCUUGCCAGCUAAACUCUUCAAUGACGUCAGACGCACGCCGCGCGGUCUCGUCUUUGACCCAAAUUCAAAUCUAAAAAGCACAAAUAAAGACAGUAUUCCCGAUAGAGAAUAUACGGUCUUUCCUCAAAGCGCAGGUCUACCUUGAUCUGAUAUUCUUAUUAAAAGGCAAAUUCGUAAACUUUAUUGAGUUUUUUCGCUGUCAAUGGACAAAAAUAAAUAUAUAAAUAAAUAAAAUACAACAGGAAGAAAUUCAUUGCGCGGGCGGGGGAAGUAUUUCCGGUUCACCUAACUCAGGUAAGUAAUUCAAAAGUAUGAAACAUGUACGCCUACAGAUGUAAAUUGAAAUAAAUCUUUUCAAAUAGAUAAUAGUUUGGUAACAGUACGUGUUAACUUGACGUGGUAAAAAGAAAAUAGAGGAUAAAAAAGUUUUUAUUUUUUAGAAAACUCAAAGGUGUAAGGACGAGCUCCAAAUCCGUGUGAGAGGUUAGUUUCAGCAAUGACAUUUUGGUAAACAAUGGUAAAAUGUUAAGAAAUAAAAAUAUAUAUGUUGGCUACGCUGUUAAAAUGAAAGUGUUUUGGAUAUCUGGCCUGUUUAUUGUUAGUUUUUGAUCCACAUCAACCCUCUUUCCCCUUUUUUCUUUGAGUCUGCUGUAGCAGUAAACGUGUAAAUAGUCUAAUCUUAAUUUUAAUAUUAUUCUUGUACCGUUUUCCCUCGGACUUCCUUUUCUUUUUACUUGAGGUGUGUUUUUAUUCAUUUCGUGUGAACCUUGAAACACCGCACAUUAUUUUUACUCUAAGGACCUAUCUCCGUUUAAGUGAUCGGUUUAUUUGUCAGUCUUUGUGAACCUGUUUUCCUGUGGCUUCUUUGCUUACUCAAGCCUGGAGCGCAGCUUCUCUGUUCGCCCACAAGUCGGCGUUGUUCACCACUAAAUCAGCCCCACUGGAGCGCUGAGAUUGGAUUAGACAUGCUCCUUAAACUGUUUAAAGAUGAGAUUAGAUAAAAAAAAAAUCAAUCUCUGAUGAUGCUUUUGGGGAAACUGGUGAGAUUUAUUUUUAUGGUCCAAACCGGUGACAAAGUAGAUGUUGUGGGAUCGCCCAUCCACUGAUUUGCAUAUUUAAUGUUCUGGUUCUGCUUAUUUUAUUGGCUCCUGUUUUAGCAGGAUUCUUAACACAAUGAAAGACGGACUAAAAUUCAGAAAUGAACAAUGAAAUAUGUAAUUCGGUUUAAAUUCAGUGUUAAAAAGGAUAAUAAUGUUCAUCAUUGAGUUAGUUUUUAUAUUCUCUAACAGUGACAUCGUUAAAACACUAUAUAAUGCUAAAAAUGUGAAAACAAAAAGAGCGCCUUUUUAAAAUAAUAUACAAACAAAGACGACGUCAACAACCACACAGUCUGAAAUCAGGAGGCCUUCUGGGUAAUGAUGUUUUGUCUCUUUAAUUGAUCCCUCUAAAGACGUCUAUUGGCCACGCGGCCAACACUUUAAUUGGCUCAUUGAUUGAUAGUAUAAAAACACAACAAUGCAGCCACAUAGCCCGGGUGGUUUCCCCCCUAUAAGAAAGCUGGCGGAGUGAACUGGGUGUAGCUGUGUCUGUGUGCGCCUUGGCCAAUGGAACCAGAUCCUCCCUGCAGUGCGUAAGAGCGCGAUUUAGGAUUUAACCAAGUCUUUGCUGCGGGGCUGGCUGCAGUCUUCACCAGAUCCCGACGGCCUGAGAGCCUCUCGACGAUGUCAGUGUAGUUUUCACACCGCUCUGGAGUCAGACUGCUUUGUUUUUCGAUUACUGAUUUAAACAAACCCACGCGUUUCCCUUCGAAGUAUGACUGGAGUAUUCGACCGGAGGAUCCCGAGUGUAAAACCUGCAGACUUUCAGAGCUCCUUUCAACUCUCCACCAUGCACCAUCCGUCUCAGGAAUCUCCUACUUUACCCGAGUCCUCCGCCACGGAUUCUGGCUAUUACAGUCCGGCCGCUGGAGUCACACACGGGUACUGUUCGCCCAGUUCCACCUCGUACGGGAAACCUCUCAAUGCUUACCAGUACCAGUAUGCGGGAGUCAAUGGAAGCGCUGGAAAUUACUCGACAAAAUCCUACACUGAUUACAGCUCGUACACGACCCCCGCCUACCACCAGUAUGCUGGGACUUACAGCAGAGUGCAAGCCCAGCCGAGUCCUCAAGGUACGGCCCUCAGAUUUCUGCAUUUAUAUGUUUUCUUUUUUACAAAAUCAUUCAUGGGUAACCAUCUGUACUGUUGAUUUAAGUCAAGCUUCAGUUUUAGGCUUUUUUAAAGGUACUCUCACAUAUUUUCCAGACAGUUCCUCUUACAUGAAAAUCUUUAAUUUUGCUAUUUGAAGCCUAAUUCAUAAGAAACGUUGAUUAUUUUUACUGUAAAGUGUGAGAGUCAAUCAGAUUUUAUGUUUGGGACAACAUGUUCUUCCUUUUCUUGCAAGGAAUUAAAUUCGUAUUUGAAAAUACAUGCUCUUAGAUUUUUUGAUGGUUUAAGCAACAAUCGAUUUCAAGUGUUAAUACAAAAAAAUACAGAUUUUAGCAUUAAAAACAUUCAAGCUUGAUUUAUUUUAUUUUAUUUUUUUCUAAAGAAAAAGAAAUAGCUGAGCCCGAGGUGAGGAUGGUAAACGGCAAGCCGAAGAAAGUACGGAAGCCUCGGACCAUUUACUCCAGCUUCCAGCUGGCCGCCCUGCAGAGGCGCUUUCAGAACACACAGUACCUGGCGCUGCCGGAGAGAGCCGAGCUGGCUGCCUCACUGGGACUCACGCAAACACAGGUGACGAUAUAUCUAAAAAAAUAUUUUAACCAUAUUUCCUUGUUUUUGCUGCUUUUAUAUUCCUGUUUGUUUACAAUAAUGUUCACCGUUUUAGAGAGUUUUUCUCCAGUGCGCUUUUACGCACAGCAUCCAUUGAAACGUUUCUUCAUUUUAAGUCUAACAUUUUAUUUUUUUACGCUUUUUUUCAGGUAAAAAUCUGGUUUCAGAACAGGAGAUCAAAAUUGAAGAAGAUCAUGAAAAACGGUGAGCUUCCUCCGGAGCACAGCCCCAGUUCCAGCGACCCCAUGGCGUGCAACUCCCCACAGUCCCCUGCCGUCUGGGACACACAGGGCCCCUCCAGGCCGCACAGCCUGCAGCCACAAAACAUCAACACCACAGCGGCUAACUUUUUGGAAAACUCGGCCUCAUGGUACACCUCAGCCGGCAGCUCCAUGGCCCCCCACCUGCAGACCCCUAACUCGAUACAGCACUCGUUGGCUCUCGGAGCGGGGACGUUAUAUUGAAAAUAAAAAACCCUUGUUGUUCAUUUCAAACCUUUUUCUCCUCCUUCUAUGGGACUCGUGUUCAAAUUCAGAGGAAUAUGCAAUGUAUUUGAUGACAGUCAUAGAAGAAACGUGUAAAAUGUGUAAAUGUGUGCAUGUAAUUUAUUGCAUUUUUUGGAAGACUAUUAAACGUUUAAAUGGACAAUGGACCUUUGAA